UAACCCGCCAAAUGGGCUUGUAAUCCACUUACUAUUUUCGAAUAACUUUACCUACUAUAUAAACCCCACGUUCCAAAGCCAAACCAUCACACACUCAUCUCAGCUUUCAUCAAGCAAACAACAACAACAAACCAACAAAAUCGCAAUGGAAGCCAAAUUCGCCAAACUCUUCGUUUUCGUCUUCUUGGCCCUGACCAUGGGCAACUUAUUUUUGGAUGUUGAAGCCACCUACAGGAAGCCCCCUUUCAAUGGUUCCAUUUUCGGAAAGCGCGGUAACAUCGAAUACGAUUCCGCCGGAAAGGCUUUGUCCGCUAUGUGUGAGAUCGCCAGUGAGGCUUGCCAGGCCUGGUUCCCUCUCCAAGAAAAGUAGAUCUUCUAAAAACAAUGCAAAACUUAUUAUAAUCAACCGCUUAAUGUAUAACUGUAUCGAUUAUGAAUAAAUAAAAUUAACAACA